AUGGAGAUGUUAGCUGCUGUUCAGUGGGCAGCAGCAGCAGCAGCAGCUGCUGCUGCUGCUGCUAGGGUUUGGCGCUCAGCGCUGACGCCCAGCAGCGAGGCUACGCAGCCUUUGUGGAUGCAGCAAGAUGACGUGGAGGCUGCUGAGGAGUCUGAGUGCGUAGACCUUAACCGCCACGUGAGGGAGCUGCACUGUUCUUUGCUGCUGCUGCUGGGCAGCAACAGCACGGGCAGCAGCAGCAGCAGCUGCUGCCGCUACAGCGGGGAGCUGCUGCUGCAGUUGCUGCUGCUGCAGCAGCCAAACCACCACAGCAGCUAUUUGCUGCUCAACUUUUCUGGAGGAGUUAUUCAAAGAAUAUCUGUCAACGGCAGACGCAUAGGGCCCGACGGCAGGGCCGUCAAAAAACUGUCGCUGUUUGAGGGUUUGAAGCGCCCUGUAACUUGGAGGGGAAAUUUGCUGCGGAUACCUGGGGGUUUGCUGCGGCGCGGCAGCAACCAGCUGUACAUACACUUCGUUAAUGCCUACGCUGUUGCAGAGGGCGGGGGUUUGCGUUGCUGCUUGCUGGGGGAAGAAGGAGGCCCUUUUUUCUGCACCAAGUUGGAGCCCUUUGAGGGGCAGACGCUGCUGCCCUGCAUAGACUCCCAAAACGCCAAAGGUUUGCGGGGCGUGGCGCUGUGUUCUGCAGAUGACGGUUCAGCUAACUGUCGCAGCGCCUCCGGGGCUUACAAGCCUCUUGCUGCUGUUUAUCUUGACCUAACGGCUUACAGCGUAGAGGCGCAGCAGCCGUUUGGCUGCUGCGAGUCUUUGCCGCCUUCAAUACUCGAUGAACUCCCCCGAGAAAGCUGCCGCGUGUGGGUUUUUGAGAGGACGGGACUCAUAAACAACGGCAGCAGCAGAAGUGCUGCCUUGGGCCAGGCGAGAGUCGCCGAGGCGGCUGAGGGUUUAUUGGAGGGAUACGUUUACGAAGCAACCGCUAGAUAUGCAGCGGGAGCAGCUGCAUGCAGUCUUUUGUCCUGGGCAAGCAGUGCCACUCUGCAGAGGUCAGCAGCAGCAGCAGCAGCAGCAGCAGCAGCAGCAGCAGCAGCAGCAGCAGCAGCAGAAGCAGCAGCAAAAGCAGCAGCAGCAGCAGCAGGUGUUGCUGUUAUUGCUGCUGCUGCAGUUUUGCUGAUUGCUGUGCCUCUUGUGUUGUUUCCUGUGGUGCUGAAACAAUUGCUCGAAUUGCUGCUGGAGAUUUUGGCUCCUCCUUUGCUGCGCCCUCUGCGGGGUGUUGCUGCUGCUGCUGCAGCGGCAGCAGCAGCAGCAGCAGCUGGGGGCAGCUGCAGCAUCCACGUGCCCGCAGCAACGCCGCUCAGCUCUGCUGCUCCAGCAGCAGCAGCAGCAGCAGCAGCAGCAGGAGCAGCAGCAGGAGCAGCAGCAGAUGUUGAAAGCAUCCUGACAGCAAUACACUCUCUUUACCGGGGGGUUUGCUCUUUGUGGCUCUGCAGCAACUGCUGCUGCUGCUACUAUGGGGGCCCCUGUGCCUAUGAGCCUCACAGCAGCAGCAGCAGCAGCAGCAGCAGCAGCAGCAGUGCGCCAACGCCAACACGGCAGCAACGCAGCAGCAGGAAAAGCUCACGCAAGAUCAACAGCUGCUGCUGCGGCGGCAGCAGCAGAAGCCGUGCAGCUCUAAGCAGCAGCAGCUGCCGCAGCAGCGGCUGCAGCAGCUGUUGCAGCAGCAGCAGCUGUUGCAGCAGCAGCAGCUACAGCAGCAGCAGCAGCUACAGCAGCAGCAGCAGCAGACCAGCAGCAGCAACCACACCCGGCAGGGCCUGUGGUAGCGAGAGCGAAGCGAGUGCUGUUUUUGAAGGCAGCAACAGCUCUGUAGACAGGGGCAGCAGCAACAGCAGCAGGACCAGCAGCAGCAGCAGCAACAGCAGCAGCAGCAACAGCAGCAGCAGCAACAGCAGCGACAGCAGCGACUGCAGCGUGAGCAGCGACAGCAUGGGCCGGGCCCGCCUGUUCUCCCUGGGGCGCCCUGUGCCCAACCACAGCAGCAGCAGCGCUGCAGCAGCAGCAGCAGCAGCAGCAGCAGCAGCAGCAACUUCCAGCUGCAGCGCCACCUGCAGCAGCACGCUGCGGCUUCCCUGCCCCCACGACGACUCUUGGCUUAUCGACGCAGUGUCUAUACACCUUGCUGCUGAAGUGCUUUCCACCCCCAAGCGCGACGCCUUCCUGCGGCGGCUGCUGCAGCUAAGGUGCAUGCAGCGGCUGCUGCUGCUGCAAGGGGCGGCACCGCUUGCUUCAAGCAGCAGCAGCAGCAGCAGCAGCAGCAGCAGCAGCAGCAACAGCAGCAACAGCGAUGGCAGCGACGGAAGCUAUAUCAGCAAGCCUGCCAGCCCGCGGGCACGUGCUGCUGCUGCUGCUGCUGCUGUCGAGGAAUUCGUAGAGAAGCAGCAAAGCCAGCAGCAGCAGCAGCAGCAGCAGCAGCAGAAAGCGCAGCAUACGCUACAGCUUCCGCUGCAGCAAGGAAGCAGCAGCAAGGGCUUGGUGGGAGGCCAGCAGCAGCAGCAGCAAGAACCACAGCAGCAGCAGCAGCAACAUUCGCCCCUUGAGAAUACUGGCUUUUUGGAAGAAACAGAUGUGACACAGAGCCCAGCAGCAGCAGCAGCAGCAGCAGCAGCAGCAGCAACAGCAGCAGCAGCAAUAACCCGACACAGCAGCAGACAGCAGCGCGGCCGGAGAAUGUUAAGACCCAGUCGCCGCUUGCUGCUGCUGCUGCAGCAGGCAGCAGCAGAAGACUGGAGGUGGCUGCAUGCAGAAGAUGAGCAGAAGCAGCAGCAGCAGCAGCAGCAGCAGCAGCAGCAGCCAAUGGCAAGCAGCAGCAGCAACAACAGCAACGCGCUCAUCUGGCUGUGGUUCCACAGCCAAAUUAAGCAGUGGGCCUACAGGGCGGACCAGAAAGUGUCCAGUCACCCCGUCUGCAUACAGCGCAGAAGCGACAGCAGCAGCAGCAGGCAGCAGCAGCAGCAGCAGCAGCAGCUGCUGCUGCAGCGGGCCUUGCUGUGGGCAAAAGCAGCAGCACUGCUGCGGCAGCACCGCAUGGUUUAUGGAAUGUCAAAGUAUCUCAAGGCACUGCGAAUGUACGUAGGCCUGCGGCAUGCAGCAUCUCCAUGCGCCCGAGUUUUGCUUGAGUAUUGUCUUGCUGCUGCUGCGGAGCAGCAACAGCAGCAGCAACAGCAGCAGCAGCAGCAACAGCAGCAGCAGCAACAGCAGCAGCAGCAGCAGCAAAGAGAUACUGCUGGUGCUUGGAGAACACUCAGGAGCUGGUGGGGCUCCGCAGGCCUUUCCGUACUUAAGCCUGUGUGCAUAUAUUCUACGGGGAGCAACGCAGCAGCAAAAGGCCUGCGUCUGUCUUCUCUCUAUUUGCUGCAGUAUGAUGCAGCAGCAGCACCCACUGCAACAGCAGCAGCAGCAACAGCAGCAGCAGCAGCCGCUGCUGCUGCUGCUGGAGGCAGCAGCAGCCAGCAGAUGCACAGACUGCAGAGUCUCCCGAAGCUGCAAAUAUCGGCAUACUACGCAGACCAGCACAGCCCUGAGGUAUUUCGCACGGCUGCUGCAAAAGUGCUGGAGGUAUCUCUUGAGUGUUCUGCUGCCCCCCAGCAGCAGCAGCAGCAGCAGCAGCAGCAGCAGCAGCAGCAAUCGGUACAGCUGCUGCUGCCGCGACCGCCCCAGCAGCAGCAGAGCUCUCCCCUGACACCGCAGCAGCAGCAACAGCAGCAGCAGCAGCAGCAGAGGCGUUCCAGCAGCAGAAGCAGCAGCAAAGCAGCAGCAAGAGCUUCGCUUCAAGUUUCGUGGCUGCAUGCUGCUGUUACUCUUGCGGUGUCUGGAGACCAGAUCUUGCUGCUGCUGCACCUGCUGCUGCUGCAGCCGCUGCUGCAGCAGCAACAAGGCUCUCUAAGCCGAAGCAGCGCUGCUGCAGCACCUGCUGCUGCAGCAGACGCAACAGCCUGCAGCUGCAGCAGCAGAAGGGGCCGCUGGCCGUGUCUGCUGCAGUUGCAGCAAGCGUUGCCUUGCUGCACUGCAGCAGCAGCAGCAGCAGCAGCAGCAGGAAAUAAGGCAGCAGCAGCAAGCUACUGCGGUGCUGCGCUUUGUCCUUAUGUUGCGCAGCUGCUGCACUUUGCGUGCUGCAGUGCACGAGCAGCAGCAACUGCUGCUGCCUCGCCUGCUGCUGUUGCUGCUGCUUCUGCUGCUGCUUCUCCCACGCCUGCUGCUGCUUCUGCUGCUGCUACACCUGCACCUGCUGCUUCUUCUGCUGCAGCAGCAGCAGCAGCAGCAGAUGCAGCAGCAGCGCCGCUUCGCCAUAGUGCUUAUUCUAUCAGCCGCAGGGCUCUGUGGAGAGGGGCUCUCAGUUGCUGCUGCUGCUGCCGCUGCGUGCUGCUGCUGCUGCUGCAGUUCCCGCUGCUGCUGCAGCAGCAACGAUGGCUUAUUUUAGAGAGGCUCUGCGCUGCUCCUGAACGCGUCCUUACUGCAGCAGCAAAUGCUCGGGCAGCAGCAGCAGCAGCAGCAGCAGCAGCAGCCGCUGCUGCUGCUGCAGCAAGCCCCGCAGCCUCCAACUGCGAAGGAGCCACGCCAACAGCAGCAACCCCCGCAGCAGCAAGAACAGCAGCAGCAGCAACAGCAGCAGCAACAGCGCAGCAACACAGGCUGUGGGGCCUUGCCAAGGCGCAGCUGCUAGCAGCAGAAGCAGCAGCAGACUGCAACAGCAGCAGAGUUGCUGCUGGACUUUCUCGCUGCCAUGCUGCUGCUCCUGUGCUGCAGUGCAAAGAGGCAAUCUGGGCCCGAGUGCUGGACCCGCCUGCUGCUGCUGCUGCUGCUGCUGCUGCUGCUGCUGCCUUCUACCAACGCGUGGAGGGCCACGACGAGCUGCUGCUGCAGCAGCGCCUCGAACAGACCCAGCAGCAGCAGCAGCAGCAGCAGCAGCAGCAGCAGCAGAGGCGCAGCAGCAACCUGCCCUUUGAAGAGCGUUUCUUCAGGCAGAUUGCUGAGGUGUACGUACACCUCCCCUGCAGCAGCAGCAAAAUGAUCUGGAGCAAUUUAUUCCCCAUGAACUGCUGCAGCAGACUGCGGCUGCAGCACGCGCUGCAGCUGCUGCUGCUGCUGCAGCGCAGCAGCAAAGGGAGGGCUAGAAGCAGCAAACAAGCAGCACCAACAGCAGCAGCACUUAAACAAAGGCAGCUGCUGCUGCUAGCAGCAGACGGACACAACGCUUUGCUGCUGCUGCGGCGGGCCCAGCUCAGAACAGCCAUCCCAAAACGCUAA